CCCAAAGUUGCGUCAUCCUGCCGAGUCAGCAGGCAUGCGGGCCACGCAACGGCCGUGCGCCUUGCUCCUGGCGUUGCUCUGCCUUUGCUCGGCACCAUGGAGGUUUCUGCGCCAAUAUGUGUGCGCCUACGACCCAUGUGUUUACCCGGGAACCCACCUCGAAGCGAUGUUCCACUGCCUAAUGAAGUCGAUGCCGGAUGACGUAAAAGCUAAGGUUGAGGCCAUUCUGAACCGCACUCCAGGCCUAGAGGUUCACGAAGUCGCUGAUUUGAUGUGCAAGGCCAACCGGCAGGCGGGACUUGUCAUGUACGAGGAAUUCCUUAGUGAGCUUAAGGAAGAAGACCAAGAGCGAACCAACACAGCCGUGAAAAAUUGCCUCUCCGGCGUCAACAAAGAAUUCGGCUUCGCGUAGAACUAAGCCCGAAAGUUAAAUAGUUCUGGCUCAUCUUUGCUUUGCUUUACUUUCAUUUGAGCGGUGAGAGCUUCCCGGAAAACAACAAAAGUUAGACACACGGUUGGUGCGUUGUUUCCCAGCUCUAUUCUGAAUUUCUUCGUUGCGAUUUCUCAAAUUCGCGAACAGUAAUGGUUGCCUUCACGCACAUUAAACAUGUUUCUAAAACCUA